CAUGUGUAUAAAUAGGCAGGUUAAAUGAUGGACGGUUAACAGUUUUAAACGAAUUAUCAACGCGACAGGACACAGAGUGCGGCCAAUAAAAAACGAACGAACAAAAUUCAAUUAAAAGCGCUUUCAUAAAUCAAAUGAAUAUAUAUCACAAUAAACUUUUAUCAAUGAAUUAAAAUACAAAAAUGUUUACAAAUUGGCUAACUGGCACAACGGGUAGUUCCUCCUCCGCCUCGUCGAUAACGUCGUCUUCCGCCGGUACAAUAACAAAUCGUUUACAUGAAACGCCGGUUCAAACACCGAAUGGAUUAUCAUUGGCCGCCAGUGGUUUAAGUGCAACUCUAAAUCCAAAUAUGUUAACAACGCCGCCCGAUGUUAUUCUGGAAGUGGGGCCCGGACCCACAACUAUGCGUUUCAUGGCCCACAGCAUAAUGCUGGGCAUGCAUAGCGGUUAUUUACGCUCCGCAGUACGGUUAGAUGAACGUGGCGCUGGUGCUGCACACUCCCAACACGGUGGAGAUUUUGUAGUGUAUUUAAGCAAUGUUACACCGGAACAAUUUGCCCCGCUCUUAUCCUACAUGUAUACCGGAUAUUUGGAUUUAAAUGUGGAAAAUAUCUUUGGUGUCUUGUUGGCUACUCAUGUCCUGCACAUGCCAAGAGCCUUGGAGAUUUGUAGAUCCUAUUUGGCCCGUGCCCAAGCUGAGGGCUAUUUUGGCAAUAGUAAUACGACUCUUUCAAAUCCGCUCAACAAUACAGCCACCAGCCUUGCUAGCCAACAAGCGCCGAAAAUUAUUAGACCAAUUGCGAGUAAACCACAAUUGGCCAAUUUUGGAUUUUUACCAAUAGGACAUACUAUGCCCGUAACACCCUCAUUGAAUUGUCGCACCUCGACAAUAACGUCAGGUUGCAGCAACAAUGCCUCGGCCAUCUCCGCCACAAUAUCGACACCUAUGGGAAAAAUUCUCGAAAUGGAAACAAAUAAAGGCGAUGAAGGCGGUGACAUUGAAGUUGAUGAAUUAGAUCGACAAUCAAUGACGUCCAAGGGACGUAACUAUGCCCCCCCAUCGGCAAUUGUCACAAACAAUGUUCCUCCCACUCACGAGGAUGACGAUGAGGAUGUGGAAGUUUUUAUCGACACAACUUCGGAAGAUGCUGAUGUAGUUGUUGAAUGUGAUAUACAACAAAAAAUAUCCUUCAAAAAUCAAAAUCAUAAAAUUGCAAAUACUGGCAAGGAGUCUGCGGCAGCGGCGGCCUCCUCACAUCACUCCAGCUCGCAUGGACACAAUAGGAGACAUGAUAAAACACACAAGAAAUCAUCACACAGCAGAUCAGAUAAACGCCGAAAGUCUGGCAACAACAAUUCGUUGUCCUCGACGGGCCUGCAAGUGGCCAAGGCUCCCAUACCAGCCUCACAACUGGAUACUUCAGAGGCCAAUAAGGUGAUUAUUGAUGUGGCCAGUUGUGAUGGCCCGGUGCGUUUCAAACGUAUACUCAACACAGCCUACGGCCAUAAACCAGAAACAUGUUCAGCUGCAGCAGCAGGCGCUGCUAAUCACCAUCACAUGAAUGUGACACCCGGCCAAGAACGUUCCCUACAAAGCGUUUCCUUGUCCUUUCAUCAACAAAUGGCAAAAACCAUUAGCCAACAGCAACACCUCAACAAUGCCGAAGAAUCCGAGAAUAGUGAGACAUCAAAUGGCAGUAUUGGCACUGGGAACAAUGGGGGUGUUGGAGGAGGUGGUGUUGCUGGCGCUCCGAAACUUGGCCGUAAAAUACAAAACGAAAUUUUCGUUUGUGUCUACUGUAAACACACAUUCAAAUCACAAUACUGUUAUCAGAAACAUGCUAAGCGCCAUCUAAAUCCAUUAACCUUACAAGCUACUUGUGUUCCCCCGCCUGAAAAAAGGACCCUCAAUGAUGAGAGCAGUUCGACAAUGACCACGACAGCAGCGGCAUCAUCAUCUUCAUCGCUUAUGGCCACAACGGAACAACAAUCAUCAUCAAAUUUACAAAAAAUACGACCAUUUGUGUUGAGGAAUUCCGGAAUGAGUGGACAGCAAUCAGGCGGCGCCGGCGGUGGCAGUAGUAGCGCUGACUUUUUAAGACGCGAAGUUCGUCCCUUGGAUAUGAAUGUACAAUAUUAUCCGUGCAAGACGUGUGGCUGUAAAUUUCCCAGUUACUAUUUUGUACACAAACAUCGUAAAAUGUGUCAUGCCGAGGAGGAGGCAGCUGCCGCUGCGGUAGCAGUCCAACAAAAUGUCAAUGGCAAUAAUGGUGGUGCUGGUACUGGUACAUCAUCAUUGGAAGAAUCAGCACAGACAGCCAAUGAGGACGACAAUCAUCACAUGGAUGAAGAGACAAAGGAGAAAAACUAAACUUUGCAAGACGAGAUCAAUUGAAAAAGAAAAGAAAAAAAUACAAAAGGAAAGUAAAAAUUAAAACACACACAUAUCGAGCUUUAGCAUUAAAUGUCAAAACAAAACCAAGGAAGAGGAUAUCUAUUUCUAUGAAACGCACGAAUUUAGUUAAAAUAGCUAUAAUAAAAUAUAAAUUAUUUCAAAGAACAAUUUAUUUAUAAAAAAAAAGAAAUUGAUCUAAUAAAUUAAAAAUAUUUAAUUUGAGUUACAUUAAAAUUAAUUACAAUAUAUGAAGUAUAUUAAUUAAUAAAGAUAGGUUAACACUUUCAGAAAGUAAAAUAUGUUAAAUGUUCAUUCCAUGGUACAAUAAAAUUGUGCCAUGGUUCACCCCUUACAAAACAAAACCUUAAAUGUUAAACA